AUGGCGGCGCCCUCGAACACUGUACGCGUGCCUUCUCCAACCAACAACGAGGCCAGCUUCUUCACGUACCUCCGAGAGGUCUUAUUGGGGGCGGCCACGUUUUCAGAGGAAGUGCCUGCAGCAAAUGCGUCGGAAGCGGCUCACCUGCUGGAGGAGUUCCCCGUUGUCGGAACCGUGUGUAAGACCUUCCUGGCCUUCGAGCAGCUUGUGGAAACGGCCAGGAGCAAUAAGGACGACCUCGCCACUCUCCGCGAGUUGUGCUGCGUGGUAGUCGCAGGGGUUCUGGACAAACGCUCGGACCGCUCGGGGCUGUCCAAGAGGUUUGAGGCGCUCGAGAAACACGUGAAUAAGGCGGAGGAGGUCGCUCAGCUCUGCAACAGCAGCGGACGCGUGAAACGGAAAGUCUUGGCUCGCAGGAUCUGCGAGGACAUCGUCUCUGUCAUGAAUAACGUCGUGGAAUUCUGCGCGGCAAACAACGUCGCUAUCAGCAAUGAUACUAAUGCCAAAGUCGUCAAGUUAGGGAUGGCCUUGGAUGACAAGAUUGAGGCGAUGCAGAGGCUCACGAUCACACAGGCAGACCACGAGGCCGAGGAAAAGGCGAUGGAGAACUUGCGCAGGGCGGUCGAGACCAAAGACGAGGUUUCGUUAAACCUUCAGGCGGGGCGGUGCAGCGGCCAGGAAGCCUCGGCCACUAUGCAAACAGAGCUCGAGACUAGGCCGCCGUGUGGACAGAGGAGCAGGGCGACACCUUGUUCAAACUCGGGGUGGGCGCCGACGAGGCAGGGAGGACGCUGGAGGCCGAGGAAUUGUAUCGACGAGCGCUCAAGAUUCAGGAACAUAAGCUAGGCGACGAUCAUCCGGACGUGGCAAGCACCCUGCACAACCUUGGGACGUGCGCGUACGAGGCAAGGAGGACUGGGGAGGCCGAGGGCUUGUAUCGACGAGCGCUCAAGAUCCAGGAAGAAAAAUUCGGUGACAAUCAUCCGGACGUGGCAACCACCCUGUAUGACCUCGGGAAGUGUGCUUACAAGGCAAGGAGGGUGGGGGAGGCCGAAGAAUUGUUGGGCCGUGCGCUCAAGAUUUGGGAAGAGAAGCUAGGCGACCAUCAGCUGAAGGUGGUAAGCACGCUGUGCAGCCUCGGGAGGUACGCUCAUGAGGCAGGGAGGACGGAGGAGGCCGAGA